AUGCCCCGGGAGGGAAGGCUUAGCCGUGGGCGGGGACACUCUCGGCGCGGGGCUCGAGAGCUGCCGAGGAGGCUGCGGCCCCCGCCUCACGCCCCGGAGUUAAACGUCGGAGAGAACUCCGCUCAGUCUUCCGGCACCCGCGCCCCAGGCGUUAACGCUGGCCGCUUCGGGGUGCGGGCGAGAAAGCGUGUGAGCGGUAUCCACAGCUCUCCAUACCUCGGAGAGCUCGGCGAGAGAAGGAGGGGGCGAGGAGAGGCAGGAUCCGCCUCCCCGGCCCGCGCGCACACACGCGCCCACCGCGGCUGGGGCUGGCGGAGCGCGGGCGAGUGCUUAANUUUUUUGUGUGUGUGUGUGUGCGUUUGCAGUUUAAACGAAUCCCCAGGACAGAACCAAAAGGAGGAGAAAUUAUGCCCAGAAAAUUUUACCCGCAUCCUGGACAGUUUACUCGAUGGUUAUGACAACAGGCUGCGUCCCGGAUUUGGGGGUCCUGUUACAGAAGUGAAAACUGACAUAUAUGUCACUAGCUUUGGACCUGUUUCUGAUGUUGAAAUGGAAUACACAAUGGAUGUGUUCUUCAGACAGACAUGGAUUGACAAAAGACUAAAAUAUGAUGGCCCCAUUGAAAUUUUGAGAUUGAACAAUAUGAUGGUAACAAAAGUAUGGACUCCUGAUACUUUCUUCAGGAAUGGAAAGAAAUCUGUCUCACAUAAUAUGACAGCUCCAAAUAAGCUUUUUAGAAUUAUGAGAAAUGGCACAAUUUUAUACACAAUGAGACUCACCAUAAGUGCAGAAUGUCCCAUGAGAUUGGUGGACUUCCCCAUGGAUGGCCAUGCCUGCCCUUUGAAAUUUGGGAGCUAUGCCUAUCCGAAGAGCGAGAUGAUUUAUACCUGGACAAAAGGUCCUGAGAAAUCGGUAGAAGUUCCAAAGGAGUCUUCCAGCUUAGUUCAGUAUGACUUGAUUGGGCAAACCGUAUCAAGUGAAACUAUCAAAUCCAUCACGGGUGAAUAUGUUGUUAUGACGGUUUACUUUCACCUCAGACGGAAGAUGGGUUAUUUUAUGAUUCAAACAUACAUUCCCUGUAUUAUGACAGUAAUUCUUUCUCAAGUUUCGUUCUGGAUAAAUAAGGAAUCAGUUCCAGCUAGGACUGUAUUUGGAAUAACCACAGUCCUGACCAUGACCACGCUGAGCAUCAGUGCACGGCAUUCUUUACCCAAAGUGUCCUAUGCGACUGCCAUGGAUUGGUUCAUAGCUGUCUGCUUUGCUUUUGUAUUUUCGGCCCUUAUUGAGUUUGCUGCCGUCAACUACUUUACCAAUGUUCAAAUGGAAAAGGCCAAAAGGAAGACAUCAAAAGCCCCCCAGGAAACUUCAGCUGCUCCAGUGCUGAGAGAAAAGCAUCUUGAAACACCUUUGCAGAACACAAACGCCAAUUUGGGCAUGAGAAAAAGAGCCAACGCCUCGGCUCACUCUGAACCUGAUGUUGGCAGCAGGGCUGAUGUGGGAAACCAUUCUAGCAAGUCUUCCACGGCUGCUCAAGGGUCUUCUGGAGCCACACCACAGUCUUACUUAGCUUCCAGUCCAAACCCAUUUAGCCGUGCAAAUGCAGCUGAAACUAUAUCUGCCGCAAGAGCAAUUCCAUCUGCUCUUCCUUCUACUCCUAGAAGAACUGGGCGUGUGCCCCGACAGGUCCCAGCUGGAUCUGCUUCUGCCCAGCCUGUGUUUGGAUCAAGACUGCAGCGAAUUAAGACCACAGUUAAUAGCAUAGGGACUUCUGGGAAGCUGUCAGCCACUACUGCCCCCUCUGCUCCACCACCGUCUGGAUCUGGCACGAGUAAAAUAGACAAAUAUGCCCGCAUUCUCUUUCCAGUAACAUUUGGGGCAUUUAAUAUGGUCUAUUGGGUUGUUUACUUAUCUAAGGACACUAUGGAGAAAUCAGAAAGUCUAAUGUAAUUUUGUUGCUAUAGUAGUUUCCUAAAAGAUGAUGAACUUCACACAGAAUGUCUUUUUAAAUGUUUUUAAAGAUAAACAAUUGUUCUUUACUAAAAUAAAAAUUCCAUGUAAUUUUUCCAUUUAAAAAAUUCAAGCCAGUCAUUGGGAGAGUUAAUUAAUUCCUUAGUGAAGGGAAAGUGAGCCAUCUUUCAUCUCAGAAAGAUGAUUUAAAUAGAAUCAAUUCAGCAUUCAAAUUAGAUGGAAUACAGACUACCCUGAAAAGUUGGGACAAGUGAAACAGGGCUAUUAGAGAUCCAUGGUGCAUAUUUAUGCAUUGAAUUUUGAAAACAGUCUAUGAUAUUUUCUAAUACACACUAUGAAUAUCAACCAACCACCCUAAAUUUCCCAGUGGCACUGCUCUUAACCAGAAUUUUUGGAUAUGAUAUGCCACAGUAACUUUUGGAGAUCCUCUUAGUAUCUUCAAGAAAAGGACUUUUCCUCUUAUAUGAAACAUUUUUAAAAGAAAAAUGGAACACAGCAAAUACUGACCAAUAGAUGAAACCUCUGCCGCAGCAAAGGCAGAGACCAGGAACACUGUGUUCCUGCCGUGUGCUGGCCGAACAGGAGCCAACCGUUGACUUGAACAUGUGUACUUGGAGCCAAAGGUUAACUUAUUGUGUGAAUUCCUUUUGAUAACAGUUCAUUGAGUUAUAUAUCCUUUCAACAUAUAUUCAGAGCCUCCCGUGUUCCAGGCACUAUGUUAGACACUGUCUCUCCAGAAAAGCUCUCUGCCCUUUACCUGAACUUUUCCUCAAAUAGGAGAGUGAGUGCAUGCUCAUGAACCAUCAGCUAGCAGAGGCCAUUGCAUUUUUCAGUGGAGGAGGUUUAUUUAGAGUCUGAUGACGUAAUAUUUGUUUCUGCUAUAUUGAUAGAGGAUACCAAGUGUAUUAUUCACGUAGCCACUUUUGAAGGUUAGUACGCAUUAACGCAACUUCAGCAAGUGACUUCAAUGUAUAAUGAAAAUGUGGUAAAGAUUGUUCUCUUAGUGAAAAGCACUGUGUACCUCAAAGUGGUAAUCUGGGCACUGUAAGACCUUAUAGAUGACCUGUCUCAAACUUGAUCAGAAUCACAUGUAGAAUUUGCAUAGAAUGAGAAUAGAAUUUGAUUAGAAUCACAGAAUCAUCAGAAUCAGGAAUUCAGUACAAAGCCUUUUAGAUGCUUUACCCAACAUAGAGCUAUAUCAGCUGGUGAAAUACUAAGCUUCUAGGGAGUUUUUGUGUCCAUAGUUCCUAUUUCUGGGCAGUUUUAUGUUUAUUCUUGGGGGAAUUUUUGUACAGUUUCAUAACAAAGGUGAGUAUUUUAAAAUUAUAAGAACAGUAAAAGAAUGGAGUAAAGGAAAAAAAAAAUCAUGACUGGGGGUAGGAUGCUGCUGAGGCUGUUAUGCUGUUUAUCAGGAUUUUCAUGUGCUGAUUUUUCUUUUUUUUUAAUUAGGUAGGGUUAACAGCUUAAUUAAUUUUCUUUCAGUAGUCCUAUGCCUCUAAAUCUAGGCCUAGUUUUUUUUGUUGUGUUACUUCCAAGAUUUUUCUUCUGUACUUCUCUCUUCCUGAUCUGGGGUAUGUGAAUGAAUGUGUUCUGGAUGUUUGGGGAAUAUUUUGAUAGAAAUGGCCACCUUGUCAACAGUAUUUCUUAUUUUUUUAGAAAAAAUAUAUAUUAAUUGGUAUUAGUUUUUUAGUUGUUGAAUUGCCUUGAAGUGGUUGUAUAUGAGACCUAUAAAACAUGCAAAUACUAAAUAUUAAUUUGAAUCAUAUCUGAGAAUUCCUUCUUGGCUAUGUCUCUAGGUGUUUCUUAGAAUCAUCAAUAAUUUUAAGGCAGAAUAAUACUUUAGAAAUCAUCCAGUCCAAACUCCUCAUUUACAAAUUGAUGCCAGUAGUAUGAAGCCCAGUAAAAUUUGUAUAUGUGUAUAUAUUUAAUAAAGAAUACUUAUAACAAAAAA